AUUUUUGGAUGCUAUUUUUCUACCAGCUGUCAUCGCAGCACCAAAUUUUAUACUGAUCCUGUUGAAGCUGUAAAAGAUAUACCCAAUGGAGCAACUAUACUUGUUGGUGGUUUCGGAUUGUGUGGGAUUCCAGAAAACCUCAUUGGGGGCUUACUGAAGACUGGAGUAAAGGGACUGACAGCAGUCAGUAAUAAUGCAGGUGUUGACAAUUUUGGACUUGGUCUUCUGCUUCAGACUAAGCAGAUAAAACGCAUGGUGUCAUCAUAUGUUGGAGAGAACGCUGAGUUUGAACGCCAGUAUUUAUCUGGUGAGCUUGAAGUUGAGCUUACGCCUCAGGGUACUCUUGCUGAACGUAUUAGAGCAGGAGGAGCAGGAAUCCCAGCAUUUUACACCAGUACUGGCUAUGGGACGCUGGUCCAGGAAGGGGGUGCGCCUAUCAAAUACAACAAAGAUGGCACUAUUGCCAUUGCCAGCCAGCCAAGAGAGGUGCGAGAGUUUGAUGGCCGUCACUUUAUUCUGGAGAAGUCGAUUACAGGAGAUUUUGCUCUUGUGAAGGCAUGGAAGGCUGAUCGUGCGGGAAACAUCAUUUUCAGGAAAACUGCAAGAAACUUCAACCAACCUAUGUGCAAAGCUGCCAAGACAACUGUGGUAGAGGAGAGACAGCUUUUGGUGAUGGACCCCUCUUUUUUGGACAGAAUUGUGACAACCCAAAGCCACAGGAAGAAAACAUGGAGAAUGUCUCUUAGGAAGACUGAUUUUGUGAGCUUAGAGACUUGCUAG